AUGGCAACCACCAUGGACAUGACUGCCCCGAAUUCAUCGGCUUCGAGGGUAGCACCCGCUCCGAAUAGGACAAUGUCCAGCUCCGAAAGCCCGGAGCCAACUACCAACGAGGCUCAAGUAGAAGAGCCGAAGACUCGAGAGCGCCCCCUAAUCAGCAUGGGGGAUCCCCUCACCAUCGCGGUGAACUGUGGGUUCUGCGUGCUCGUCGGUCUGUUCCUCGCCGCGUUUCUCUGGCUGGUCAUUAACAGCCUCGACCAGCAGAGACCGUGUGCGUUUUCCGUCAGCGACCGAUGCCACUACGCGGGAUACGGCCGCGAGCUCUAA